AUGGGAGCGGGGGUGGCGCGGUGCUGGCUGGACCAUGCUCUUGGUGAGGCGUCACGUGGCUCCCUCCCAGCAUUGGGACCCCAGUUUGCGAGCCCAGAGGCAGAAGCACAGCCGUAUAGCAUUAUUAGCAAUAAUACAUCUCUGCCUUACACAGUGCAAGGACAGGUUUCCUCUGAUGUACGAUGGAGAGGUGGUAACGGAGUCAGUGAUACGGAAAGAGAAAUCCAUGCAGCACCCCAUGUGAGUGAGAAAUUAAUUCAGCUCUUCCGCAAUAAAAGUGAGUUCACGUUUCUGGCCACCCUGCAACAGAAGGCAUCAACUUCUGGAGUUAUACUGUCCAUCCGAGAGUUAGAGCACAGCUAUUUUGAACUGGAGAGCAGUGGCCUGCGGGAUGAGAUUAGAUAUCACUACAGGUUUAAUGGGAAGUCAAGAACAGAGGUGUUCCCGUACCGUCUGGCAGAUGGACAGUGGCAUAAGAUUGCUGUGUCACUUAGUGCGUCCCACCUUCUGCUCCAUGUGGACUGCAACAGGAUUUAUGAACGCAUCAUUGAUCCCCCAGAAACAAAUCUGACACCUGAAAGCAAUUUAUGGCUCGGGCAACGAAACAGGAAACAUGGCUUCUUUAAGGGUGUUAUUCAAGAUGUGAAAGUCAUCUUUAUACCUAACGGAUAUAUAACGCAGUGUCCUAAUCUGAAUCGCACAUGCCCGACCUGCAGUGAUUUCUUAAGCCUGGUGCAAGGAAUCAUGGAUUUGCAAGAACUCCUGGCAAAAAUGACUGCAAAAUUAAAUUAUGCAGAAACAAGACUGAGUCAAUUGGAAGACUGUCAUUGUGAGAAGACGUGUCAAGUAAAUGGAUUGAUCUAUAGAGACAAAGACUCAUGGGUUGAAGAUGAUCACUGCAGGAAUUGCACAUGCAAAAGUGGAGUUGUAGAGUGCCGAAGAAUGUCCUGUCCCCCUCUCGAUUGUCCUCCGGAUGCUCUCCCAGUGCAUGUGGAAAGCCAGUGCUGCAAAAUAUGCAAGGCAAAGUGUAUCUAUGGAGGCAAAGUGCUAGCAGAAGGUCAACGAGUAUUAACCAAGAGCUGUAGAGAAUGUCGAAAUGGAGUUUUAGUAAAAGUAACAGAGACUUGUCCGCCAUUGAACUGCUCAGAAAAAGAUCACGUUCUUCCAGAGAACCAAUGUUGCAGCGUUUGUAGAGGCCAUAACUUCUGUGCAGCGGGACACAGAUGUGGUGAAAAUUCAGAGUGCAAAAACUGGAACACAAAAGCUACUUGUGAGUGCAAGAAUGGUUAUCUCUCUGUCCAAGGGGACUCUGCAUAUUGUGAAGAUAUUGAUGAGUGCGCUGCCAAGAUGCAUUAUUGUCACGCCAAUACUGUGUGCGUUAACCUGCCUGGAUCCUAUCGUUGUGACUGUGUCAUGGGAUAUGUCCGUGUGGAUGAUUUCUCCUGUACAGAGCAUGAUGAGUGUGGCAGCGGACAGCAUAACUGUGAUGAGAAUGCGAUCUGUACAAACACUGUCAGGGGACAUAGCUGUACCUGCAAACCGGGAUACGUGGGGAAUGGGACCAUCUGCAGAGCAUUCUGUGAAGAAGGGUGCAGAUAUGGUGGAACUUGUGUAGCCCCUAACAAAUGUGUCUGUCCUUCUGGAUUCACAGGAAGUCAUUGUGAGAAAG